AUGUUCUGUAUGUGGCGAUCUUCACAGAAGGUGAUAGAACCUCAGCAGGCCAAGCCAGUACAAUACACGGACACCCAGGUAAAACCAUCGUGGAAAGAAAUCAAUCUUCGCCAUGAAGAAUUUCGCCGGGCGUCAAUACUUCCCAACCCAAACGUACAGCUCAUUAAAAUUAAGUCAGUGUUGGCAUUUUCGAAGAUUGCAAAAUCAAAAAGAGCCGAGAAAAACAAAGAGGAUGACAGCAUAUCAGAAAGUGGUGAAGAAAAGGACAAGAAUGAUACACAAGAGGAAUCGAACCAGCAACCUCGAUCAUCCAAGAGCUUUUCAAUGGCGCAUGUGGCCAGUAGGAUUUCUAAAAAUAGAGCUAGGAGGGUCUCGUUCAGGGAAGAAGGGGAGGUAAUAGGAGACGAAAAAGUACAGAGGAAACCCUCCAUCUUCCACAGGCUUGUCCAGAAGGCAACACAAAGUGUUUUGAGUAAGAAACAGGACCCAGGGGCAAAGGUUAAAUCUGACGUAGAGAGGUUGUGGAAAAUACGAUGCAGUCUGUACAAAAAAGAAAGUUUUAGGGAUGAGGAAAUCUCACUGUUACGGUCCCUCAUCAGUGAAACACUAGACCUGACGGGGCGACUUCGUAUCAUGGUCAGAGAAAGCGAAGAUCACACGGAUCAGGAUGUGGAUAACUACUGUAAGGAUAUUAAUGGCCUUCAACUUCUCUUCUACAACAUCGUGGAGAUCUGGCAAAAAGUGGCGGAUCCAGAAAGGAAAAAAUACAAGGACGACAUUCUUAUGGACAUUAUGGAGCUAUCCUCUGAUGUGGCCUCUAUAACGGGGGAGAUACUGUUAGUUUUCCUCCAGCGAUUCCAGCUGAACAUCAUCCCCCUCCUUAAACCAAUACAUGGACUGUUCUACGCCCUGGGGCUUCAUGUCAAGUACAACUGCCUGGACAAGGAUCUUAUAUGCAGUCACUCAGCCCCAGGUACCUACUCUGGCUUUUUAGCGGGGAUUUUACAACUGUUCAGAAGUGCUAAAAUUUUACUCAAAAGACUCAAAUUUGAAGACGAUGCCUCAAAAGGGAAGAAGAAGCUUGUACAAACUAACAUUGCAUCCUUUGUCAGCGAAGCCACCGUGUCACAUGGCCUACACUCUCUUUCUACAGAUGAGUUACGUGAAAUGGUAUUGAGGAUAGGGAACAUUUGUACAGAUGCAUUUUACACCAUUGGUAAAACCAGCGGGACGCUGGACUACAUUGACCUUGGUGAUGGAGUUCACGCAGUGGCGCCAUUAGAAAGCCUCGGUUUGAUUUCGCAUUGUGAUUUUAUCCAGUGUCCAAUAGAAUCGCGAUCAGCACUUAUGGCGGGAAUUCAACUGCACGAUGGACAACAUUACGUGUCUGACUUUUUCCAGGUUACUGGAAGUGCCUUUCGUUGUCAAGAAAAAAUAACUCUUUGCUCUCCAAUUCAUCAUUCGUCAUUUCCGGCAUCUGCUACAGUCCGUGUGAAAACAAAAACGGGGGACAAAUGGACAGAUGUUGAAGGAGACAUCAUGGCAGGAAAAUGUGAGUUCAAGGCAAGCUACAUGGAGGCUUUCGUCGUUGUGGCGGGUUAUCGUCCGUAUCACAGGGAGAUUACUCCAGCGGGAUUUACUUACAUGUCAGACGAUGAUUCAAGAAUCCGAAUUAACUUUCCCCCAAACUGCUUCAGUCGUCCAUGUAUCGUGCAGUUCAGAUUGAUCCAGCUAAACAGAAACAGGAUAUUUUCGUACAAGGAGACAUGCCCAGACAUGUGCAAAUACGUCACAUGUAUAUCGGAUGUCCUUUUCAUAAAGCAUGAUGAUGACGUCAUAAUUAACGAACCUGCUCUUGUGCACAUGCCCAUUAUUAACGAUAUGGAUGACUAUGAGACGGAGAUAGUUGUGUUCCGGAAACGGGCUGACGGCGAGGUAGAAGUAAUCCCACGACCAAUGGCGAUGCGAUGUGAAUCAACAGGGAAUUGCUACACCUUCCAAAUCGACCGUUUUUGUGGACUGGCUGUUGGAAAAGCAAACAAAAGGCAGAUGAAGAAAAAUCGCCGUGCCAUCAUUGAUGAGUUUAAUCUAUAUUACGAGACGGAACAUAUUUGUACCAUUCUAACGCUGAUGGACAGAUCUUCGCUUCAGAGUGGGGUAGUAAAGUUAUGGACGGAAGUGGUAGAGAAAAGAUUCCUGAAAAGAAUUAUGCGCAUGCGUAUGAAAGAGGGUCUCUUUGAAAUUCCCGGAAGUAGAUCGCCAGAUAUACGCAUGAAAGAUUAUGACGUCGUGAGAAUUGACCUAGAGGGAAAUAUUGGAAAAAUACGAGAUCUUUCAUAUGACCAUUACUUUAUUUCAUACCUUAGCAGUUCUAAUCAAAACCACAGAUCGUUUCCUAUUGAACCUAGAAGGGAUCCGCGGGGACGACAGAUUGGUAUUAUAAACUACUACCGGGAGUCCGGACAAGAAGAUGUCUGUAUUCAUUUGGUUUCCAUGGAGACAGAGCGGUUUCUUGUCAGUGGUCCGCGACUGCCGACAUCCCACUCAGACGCCAAACCAUCAUCUCAAAUGGGUCGAGUCACUUGGUCACGUGGUUCUCAGAAAUCGAGUAAAUCCGUCAGAUCCACCAUUGUUUAUCGUUCCAUGUUUGAUGAAGUCCCGGUCUUAAGUCAUCAGAGCCUACUAGUUUUGGCAGGUGCACUUCCGCAUCAAUACGCCACCUCGUUAGGUGUCGCUUUACGACUUCCGUAUGAGGAUAUCCUUGACAUUAAGGCAUUGGACCAGCCUCCCAUCAUUACAAACUUCGAAAUCCUCUGGAAAUGGCGAGGAAAAGUGGCCAGCGUGGAAAUGGUGGAUGCCUUGGCCAAUGCAUUUCGGGAAAUUAAACAGAAGAAAUUUAUUGACGUUAUAAUGAAAGCCAACUGCGAAAAACGACCAUUGAAACACGGUGAUUUUGCCGCUCGCCAUCAUAACUGUGUACAGUUUGCAAUUGCUCCAUCAUGAUAUCUACUGCUUUUUAGACUCAAUCGUGUGUUUUAAUUCACAUGUACAUGAACUGUGAAUAAUUUUUUCAAAGCUAUGAAAUUUACAGAUACAGUACGUGAUCAUGGAUAAUUAGCGCAUUGUGCCUUUAUAUUAGUAUGUUUUGAUCAGUCUGUUUAUAGCAGACAUGGAAUUAAGGAAGUUUGCUAUCGCUUGUUUCGUCGUACAUGUGUAUUUGUUCUUUUCAUAAUGUUUUUCUCUGUAUUUGUAAGAAGCAGUCUGUGUAGGUGUUAUCAAAUCCAUUUUCUACAGACUAUUUUAUCUGAAUCAAAAAGAUUCACGGGUCAUUUAAAUAAUAAGUCAUAUGCUGAUCGAU